AGUUAUUUUCCUAAGUCGCACCUCUCUGCCACCUCGGAGGUCCAUCCCCGAUCCGAAACUCCAAAUUUUUCCCGUCUACCGACCACCGAAGGAGAAGAAGAAGAAGCGAAGAAAAAUAGUUAAAACCCUCUUUUCUUCCUUUCUUUCUCCCUCCGAGCUCUCAUACCUCGGAUCGCGUCGUUCUUGAUCAGGCUCAAAUCAAUAUAAUUUACAAUGGCUACUGGGGAGAACACAGCCAUCUCCAGUAAUGAAGAGAGGAUUGGUGAAAAAGUGGAAGGUCUGGAGGAUGCUGCUGCAAAAAUAGAUGGUUCAUCAGAGCAGUUUGGUGAUGUAUCCAACAAGAUAGAUGGUUCUGCUGCAAAUUUCAAUGUGGAAAAUGGUAUUCAUGAAGAUAAUGCUAGCCCUGAUGAAACCCAUGACCAACUCACACAAAUGGUUAUUGAGCUCAGAUUACAGAAUGAGUACUUGAAGGCUCAUUUUGGAGACCUCAAGUCAGAGAUUCUUAGGUCAAACGAUGCUUGUAAGCAAAACAGUGAAAAUGGUGAAGAUAAAGAGGCUUCUGAACAAGUGAACCGCCUACAUGAACAGAUAAAGUGUUUGAAUAAGGAAAUUCAAGAGCACAAAGAAACCCAAAAGGCAGCAGAUAAUGCUCUGGAGCAUCUCAGGAUGUCAUAUUCUGAGGCUGAUGGAAAGGUUCAAGAGCUUACUGCAAAGCUUGUUGAAGCUCAAAAGAAGAUGGAACAGGAAAUAAAAGAGCGUGAUGAUAAGUAUGUUGAACUGGACUCCAAGUUUGGAAGGCUUCACAAACGUGCAAAACAACGUAUACAAGAGUUGCAGAAGGAAAAAGAUGACCUAGAAGCUCGCUUCAACGAUGUUAAUAUUAAGGCUGAGCAAGCUUCAUCUCAGCAAGCAUUGGCACAACAAGAAUUGGAACGCACUCGCCAACAAGCCAAUGAAGCAUUGCGAUCAAUGGAUGCUGAAAGGCAACAAUUACGGACAGCAAACAAUAAACAUCGUGAUAACAUUGAGGAACUGCGUCUUACAUUGGAAGCCAAGGAGAAUGCCCUUGAAGGCUUACAGCAGUCCUUGCUUGAGAAGGAGCAGAUGUUAGAGCAAAUUCGGGGUUCAUUGCAAGCUGCAGAAGAGAAGAGGCAAGCAUCAAUAGCAGAGCUUUCUACUAAGCACCAAAAGCAACUAGAAAGCUUGGAAACACAACUUGCUGAUGCUCAAUCAGAGAGAAGCAAAGCAGCUGAAACAAUCUCAUCUCUCCAGAUGCUACUAGCUGAGAAAGAUUCAAAAAUUGCAGAGAUGGAUGCAGCUUCAACUGGGGAAGCUGUAAGACUUGGAGCUGCACUGGAGGAAGUGAGAGGAGAACUUAACCAUCUUAAAGACCAACAUGAAAAAGAGCGACAGAGUUGGGAAGUAGCAUGCCAAACGCUUAGAACUAAGCUAGAGGCAUCUGAGAGUGCCUGCCUACGAUCUGAAAUUGAAUCAGCUAAAAUGAGAAGUCAAUUGGAAUUAGAGUUAUCUAUGCAGAAUCAAUUACUGAAUACAAGAGAUGCUGAACUUAUGGCUGCCAAAGAUGAGAUCGACCGUUUAGAAAGUGAAUUUUCUGCAUACAAGGUCCGCGCACACGCACUUUUGCAAAAGAAGGAUGCUGAGCUUUCUGCAGCUAAGAACUCAGAAUUAAUCAAAGCUCAGGAGGAAGCAAUCAGAGAAGCCGAAAGAGAAGUAGUUAUGGCAUUAGUAGAAAGGGACAAAGCUAUCCACGAUCUUCAAGAUGCUUUGGUCAACCAUGAUAAAGAAAUUUCUGCAAGGGAUGCAGCUAUUAAUGAUGCUGAGGAACGGAUAAGAAACGUAACUAUGAAACUUGAUGCUGCUGCCUCUCAAUACCUGUCUGAAAAAGAAACUUGGCAAAAAAACUUGGAGAGUAUAGAGGAACAUUGGAGAUUGAAAUAUCAUACAUUGGAGGCUCAAAAUAUUAACUGUAUUGGAGAUGAUGUGCAGAAGGAGUUGGAAGAUCUUAAACUACAAUAUGAAAAGCUCAAGGAAGAGCAUUAUACAUUUCGUGAUAUUGCUGAUAGAGCAAUUGAAGAGAAAGAAAAGGAGAUGACCAGACUUAUUGAGGAUAAUAAGAAUCUUCAUCACUCUUUGGAAUUGAGGCCAUCUGUUGACCAUAACAAGGAACAAAAUUCAGCUGCUCCAAAGCAGGAUGCCCAAAAUUUAAACAUCGCAGCAGCUGAACAACAAAUUCUGCUUUUGGCUAGGCAGCAAGCUCAAAGAGAGGAAGAACUUGCCCAGACACAACGACAUAUAUUAGCACUUCAGGAAGAGAUUGAGGAGCUUGAGCGUGAAAAUCGUCUUCACAGUCAACAGGAAGCGAUGUUGAAGGCUGAGCUUCGGAACAUGGAGAGAUCACAGAAGCGAGAAGGGAUAGAUAUGACAUAUCUUAAAAAUGUGAUAUUGAAGCUACUUGAAACAGGUGAAGUGGAAGCCUUACUUCCUGUGGUUGCAACACUAUUGCAAUUCAGCCCUGAAGAGAUUGGGAAAUGCCAACAAGUAUACCGCUCCUCAAAUGAUGCUUCAUCUAGUCCGGCGUCUUCAUUUUCUGACACUGCAUCUACACCCCGUUCUCUCUUCUCAAGAUUCACAUUUUCAUGAAGAGACCAGACUUUUUUUUCCUCAUUUGCUUCGAUUGGGUGCAGUGGAAGAGCUGCUGAGGUACGGUUUUGAGUUGAGUGCGGCAACCAACUAGAAUGCAAAGAAGAUCUCUGGGUAUCUUAGAAGGAAGAUUAUACUCUGUUUUAAAUUCUUUUAGCAACCAUAGCCAUUGUACCUUUUGUAACAGUAUUAUGUACAUAAAAACAAUAAUAUAUAGUGAACGUAUUUAUGUUUCUGACUGACUAAAGGAAAAAGAAAUGCGAUGAGCACCUUUUUGAUA